GCACGAGUGGAAAAGUGCCGUCUCAUUUCAAACGAGCGCAAUUCCAUCCACAUUCUCUCCUUUUGACCAGUUUCAAAAGGAGGCGAGAGAGUGAGGACAGAGGACGCAGGAGGUUCCAAUGCGCCCUCUAGUGACUUGCAGGGAAAGUUUAAAGUCCCUCGGCGAACACAGGUGGUUGACACCUGGGACAAGUAUCGGAGAGGUGAGUCGGACGCUUCAAAACGAUGAUGUCUAGCUGGUUGAAGGACGGGGAGGUGUUGGUAGGUGAGGGAAGCGGAACUGCAUCCCCAUGCAGCCUCAGACAGAAGGUCUUCUCAACCCCAGGUGGAUGUGGCAGUCCCAGGCCGGGUGGCAGGGGGGUAGGGGGGCGCGGCCAUGGGGGGUCACCUAGCUUCAAGGAAGGGGUUUCUGGGAUGGUGCAGCCAGAGACCAUGGGGAAGGCCAAAGAGCUGUUUGUUCUCUGUGAUAAAGAAGGAAAAGGCUUCAUCACCAAGAGAGAUAUGCAGAGACUGCAGGGUGAGUUACCUCUCUCCCCAGAACAGCUGGAGUCAGUUUUUGAGAGUCUGGACAGAGACAGAAACGGAUUCCUAACUCCUGUCGAGUUUAACAUGGGCCUUGCAGGAGAGUUGAUGGGGGUGGAGGAGAGCACAGAGAAAAGGCAGACAGAGACAGAGGAAAACGAAGACCUAGGUGAACUCCGAUUUAUUCAGAUACUGACGGAGCUGGGAGCUGACAAACUCUUCAAAGAUCAGUGUGAGCUGGGUACCUUGUGGUGUGCGCUCCAGAGAGACAGACCAGAGCUGCUCUCUAUCCUGGAGGAUGUCCUAGUCCACGCCGUGUCUCAUCUACAAGACUCACUGAGGGAGAGAGACAGUUUGGAACAGGCUCUACACAGACGGGAGAGUGACCAUGACAGGGUGGUUCGGUCCAUAUACGAGGAGAUGGAGAGUCAGAACAGAGAGGAGAGAGAGAAACGACUCGCUCAGGACAGUAUCAGACAGUGGGACAGAAGACAGAAGAUUGCUGAGGAGCUGAAGACGAGAGAGCAGGAACUGGAGAUCACCCUGGCCAAGCAGAGAGAGCUGGAGGCUCGUAUCCAGGCACUGGGCUGUGAGCAGACAGACAUCAGGGCCCAGAAUCAGAAGCUCCACAGCCUGAACAUACAGCUCCAGGAGCAGCUAGAGACCAGCAGAGAAGAGCUACAGAAAGCCCUGAAACAAUUAAAGUUCCUACAGUCUAACACUGCCCAGGAGGAGAGGAGCAGAGAGAGGACUGUGCUCAAGGUCUCCAAGAACAUGCAGAAAGAAAAAGACAGUCUGCAGAGGCAGUUGGAGUUACUGAGGGAUAUGAACAAACGUCUGAGAGAUGAGAAAGACACACAUCAGUCCCAGAAGAGGCCUCCUAAUGUCAGGAAGCCUCUGCGGAAGAAAGGCUCAGUGAUAGGGAACUACAUACUGCAAGACGAGCCAAUCGAAAGACAGCUGAGCUCAUUCAGCCAAUCAGAGCUGGAGCUGGCUUCAGGUGGGAUACCAUCUAACUCAUCCAAGAGAAGCCAGGCAUUCAGAGAACACAGCUGUGACGAUAUUGGACGGACUGAAGCGAUACAGGCCAGACUGACCAGCACCAACCCUCAGAGGGUAUUCAAAGUGGUGUUUUUGGGGAACUCUGGAGUGGGCAAAAGCUCCUUCAUCCACCACUACUGCAAUGGACACUUCCCCAACACACUGGGUACUACUGUGGGUGUAGACUUCCAGAUGCGUGCUGUGACACUGGGCUCCACCACCAUCGCUCUUCAGCUCUGGGAUACUGCAGGACAGGAGAGGUUCCGCAGCAUUACCCAGCAGUACUAUCGCAAGGCUGAUGGAAUCCUCACCAUGUAUGACAUCACUGACUCCGCCUCCUUCUCCGCGGUCAGAGAGUGGAUGGACCUUGUGCAGGAAAGGAUGUCUGAGGGGGCGGUCCUGAUGUUGCUGGGAAACAAAACGGACUUAUCAGAAGCUCAGAAGAGGGAGGUUACCACCAGAGAGGGACAGCGAUUGGCUGAGCAGGACAAUGCAGUGUUCUAUGAGUGUAGUGCAAGGAGUGGAUACAACAUAGAGGAACUGAUGACACAGCUGGCGUGGUUGUUAUCGGCCCAGCAGGAUCAGCAAUGUGAGGAGACUCUCCAUCUGUCAGCUGACCACUCCAACAAAGACAACAGGAAGAGCUGCUGCAAGUAGGACAGGAACAUAGAGCUAGAAAGAGGGUUUAUCUUUGUAUCUGUGUCAUAAUGGCUGUUGUGACAUCAUGGGCAGUGCCAUUGAGGACUUUCUCCAUUUUUAAAGUGGUCAAUUUUCUUCUUAUUUUGUGUUUACAAAAAGCAUUAAGCUAUACUGAACAAAAAUAUAAACACAACAUGUAAAGUGUUGGUCCCAUGUUUCAUGAGCUGAAAAAGAUCCCAGAAAUGUUCCAUAUGCACAAAAAGCUUAUUUCUCUGAAAUGUUGUGCCCAAAUUUGUUUACAUCCCUGUUAGCGAGCAUUUCUCCUUUAGCCAAGAUAAUCCAUCCACCUAACAGGUGUGAUAUAACAAGAAGCUGAUUAAAAUGCAUGAUCAUUACACAGGUGCACCUUGUGCUGGGGACAAUAAAAGGCCUCUCCAAAAUGUGCAGUUUUGUCACACAACACAAUGCCACAGAUGUCUCAAGUUGUGAGGGAGCAUGCAAUUAGCAUGCUGACUGCAGAAAUGUCCACCAGAGCUGUUGCCGGAGAAUUAAAUGUUCAUUUAUCACCAUAAACCGACUCCAAUGUCAUUUUAGAAAAUUUGGCAGUACGUCCAUCUGGCCUCACAAUCACAAACUACUUGUAACCACGCCAGCCCAGGACCUCCACAUCUGUCUUUUUCACGUGUGGGAUCGUCUGAGACCAGCCACCCGGACAGCUGAUGAACAUGAAUCAGACGAUGAUUCAGUAAAAUUGUUGAAAUUGUUGCAUGUUGCGUUUUUAUAUUUUUGUCCAGUGUAAUAUUGGUGAUUUAGCGCUGCCUGCAGUGCUGAAGUUUUGAACCAUUUAUUUUAUUGGGGGAAAAUGCAUUCAUUUAUUGUGGCCAAUAGAUGGCAGUAAUAUAACGUAAAGCUAUUUAAAAAUUAUAGGUAACCCACUUUGAAGAAGAAGGCAAUGCUCUGAUCAUUGACUGAUCACUCCCAACCCAUAGAAAUCCCCACCCAAGUGACUACUUUAAAAUGGCGAAAGCCCUCAAUGACAAUGCCCAUGCUAAAAUGGGUUCUAAUCCAUCCAGAGUCCUCUAUCUACUUCUAUGGACAGGAAAUGGUAGGGACUCAUCCAUGGUCCAAAGCUGAUCUAGCAACAUGUGUAUGCGAGAGCGAACAGUGAGAUUAGGGUACAAUACCAUUAACCUAAGCACUUUAAAAUACCCUUCUUCACUGUGUAUUUUACAGGUGUAUGUGGGCCUAUAAAACACUGUUAGACAUAUACAGUAAAUACAUCAACAGUUCUGAUGAAGUUUACUGUAAAUAUAUUAUAUAGACUGCUACAACAUUGUCUAUGUAAAUAUGUUUACUGUAAAUAUAUUAUAUAUUCUACAAUGUUGUCUAUGUAAAUAUGUUUACUGUAAAUGUAUUCUAUAGACUGCUACAACUGUCUAUGUAAAUAUGUUUACUGUAAAUAUAUUAUAUAUUCUACAAUGUUGUCUAUGUAAAUAUGUUUACUGUAAUGUAUUCUAUACACUGCUACAACAUUGUCUAUGUAAAUAUUGUUGUUGUGUGAUACUAAUAAAGACAGUUAUUGGUAA